AUGCGACUGAACGAGACCGGCCGGCUGCCUAGCGCUCUACCACUUUACAUUAUUAUAAAAGAUACGAAUGAUAUAUCCAUAACGUCCCUCUGGAACAGCUUAAAAACCGACAUGUGCGGCUGUGUAAGAGUGCUUGGCAUCCGUAAACCGUUGCCACGGUCUUGGCAUCGACGAGUUUUUAGCUCGUCGUCAACCCCGCCACCACCUCAAGGUGUACCGUAUACAAAAUUAUCUGUUGGUGUACCGAAAGAAGUGUGGCAAGACGAACGAAGGGUUGCUGUAGUACCGGCAGUAGUUAGUAAAUUAGUCAAAAAAGGGUUUAACGUUAACAUAGAGGAAAAUGCAGGAGUAUUAGCAAACUUUCCUAAUAAAUCAUACGAAGAAGCGGGUGCUAAAAUAACUAGCUUGAAGGAGACUUAUAAAUCGAAUAUAAUUCUCAAAGUACGUCCUCUGAUUGAUAAUGAGGUACAAAAUUUAAAUGAUGAGAGUUCAAUUAUAUCGUUUUUAUACCCGGCACAAAACCUGGAUCUAAUUAAGAAAUUAUCAGCAAAAAAAGUGAAUGCGUUUGCUAUGGAUUGCAUUCCCCGAAUUAGCCGCGCCCAAGCGUUCGACGCACUGAGCUCUAUGGCUAACGUAGCCGGCUAUCGUGCCGUCAUCGAAGCCGCAGCACACUUCCCGCGCUUUUUUUCAGGGCAAAUGACGGCGGCGGGCCGAGUGCCGCCGUGCCGGGUGCUGGUGGUGGGCGGCGGCGUGGCUGGCCUGGCGGCGGCGGCGCAGGCCCGUUGCAUGGGCGCCGCAGUGCGCGCCUUCGACACGCGCCCCGCCGUACGCGAGCAGAUCGAAAGCCUCGGCGCCCAGUUCAUCACCAUGGACAUGACGGAGGAGGGUGCCGGCGAAGGUGGUUACGCGAAAGAGAUGAGCGAGGCAUUUUUGAAUGCGGAACGAGCUCUCCUCGGCAAGGAGGCGAGGACCUCGGAUGUGGUCAUAAGCACUGCGCUAAUACCCGGGAAACCUGCACCAUUGCUUAUUCUAGAGGCAACCGUACGUGACAUGGCACCGGGCAGCGUGAUCGUGGAUCUGGCAGCCGAGAUGGGUGGCAACGUGGAGACUACCAAAAAGGGCGAGAUCGCCAAAGUGCACGGAGUGACCCACAUCGGCCUAACGGACCUACCCAGUCGGAUGCCGGCACACGCAUCAACUCUCUACGCCAACAACAUAUCGGGCUUCCUCUUCAGCAUAGGCACAAAUGACCAUUUCCACAUUAACCUGGAGGAUGAAGUAACCCGAGGGGCUAUAGUGUUGAAGGCGGGAGAACUUCUCUGGCCGCCACCACCGCCACCCAGUAUGGCUCCUGCUACUGCCACCAAAGCACCAGCAAUUACCAAGGCUGAACCUCCUAACCCAUUCAAGGAAACAUUGAAAGAUACUUUCCUAUACUCCACGGGCUUAGCCAGUUUAAUCGGGCUCGGUAUAGCAUCACCAAAUCCUGCGUUCACUACUAUGACGACCACACUUGCGUUGGCAGGCGUGGUAGGAUACCACACGGUGUGGGGAGUGGUGCCCGCGCUUCACUCGCCACUCAUGUCGGUGACCAAUGCCGUAUCUGGUAUCACCGCCGUUGGUGGCUUGCUCCUCAUGGGUGGCGGCUACGUCCCAGAGACUCCAGUGCAGUGGCUGGCAAGCACAGCAGCGCUCAUCUCCUUCGUGAAUGUGUUCGGUGGAUUUCUAGUCACUCAGCGUAUGCUUGAUAUGUUCAAAAGGCCUGGUGACCCACCUGAAUAUGGAUAUUUGUAUGGAAUUCCAGCUGCUGCAUUACUUGGCGGAUAUAUUACAACUGCAAUGCAGGGCUAUCCAGAGGUCCAUCAAAUGGCUUAUCUGGCCUCUUCUCUCUGCUGCGUUGGUGCACUUGCGGGUCUCAGUUCUCAAACAACUGCAAGAAAAGGAAAUUAUCUAGGAAUGAUUGGUGUAGCAGGAGGUAUUGCGGCUACAUUGGGUGCAAUGACUCCUAAUGCUGAGGUGCUAGCACAAAUGAUUGGUGUGGCUGGUAUAGGUGGUUUAUUAGGAAGUGUUAUUGCCAAAAAAAUUGAAAUCACCGAUCUGCCUCAGCUUGUGGCUGGAUUUCACAGUUUGGUGGGAAUGGCAGCUGUGCUGACAUGUAUCGCAACAUAUAUGCAUGACUUUCCUGCAAUGGCUUUUGAUCCUACCGCCGCCACGCUCAAAACUUCACUUUUCCUCGGCACUUACAUUGGUGGCAUUACCUUUACGGGUUCUCUUGUGGCAUAUGGCAAGUUACAAGGUUCAUUAUCGUCAGCACCACUGAUGCUGCCCGGUCGACAUGCAAUCAACGCCGGAUUACUGGCUGGUGCAUUGGGAUGCGGGGGUGCGCUCAUAGCUAUGCCAGAAGCCCCCGGUCUGCCGCUAUUGUCGGCCGCGGCCGUGCUUAGCGGCAUACAAGGACUUACACUAACUGCUGCCAUUGGAGGUGCUGACAUGCCGGUUGUUAUCACCGUACUUAACAGUUACUCAGGCUGGGCUCUAUGUGCAGAAGGUUUUAUGCUUAACAACUCUCUUAUGACAAUCGUCGGUGCACUUAUCGGUAGUUCUGGUGCAAUACUAUCGUACAUUAUGUGCAAGGCCAUGAAUCGGUCACUGCCAAAUGUGAUCCUUGGCGGAUAUGGCGUAACAGCUGGCGGAUCAGCCCGUCCAGCAGGAGCCAGCCACACAGAACUUAAUGUUGACUCUGUCGCUGACCUCAUUCACAGGGCUUCAUCUAUCAUCAUCACUCCAGGUUAUGGUCUUUGCGUAGCUAAAGCGCAAUAUCCAAUUGCUGAAUUAGUUGAACUUCUUAAAGAAGCUGGAAAGAAAGUUCGAUUCGCCAUCCAUCCAGUUGCUGGUCGUAUGCCUGGACAGCUUAAUGUUUUACUAGCUGAGGCUGGUGUACCAUAUGAUGAUGUAUUUGAAAUGGAAGAAAUCAAUGAUGAAUUUACUGAAACUGAUCUAGUUCUUGUAAUUGGUGCAAAUGACACAGUCAAUAGUGCUGCUGAAGAUGAUCCCAAUUCGCCCAUUGCUGGCAUGCCAGUGUUAAAAGUGUGGAAAGCAAACCAGGUGGUAGUUAUGAAGAGAUCAAUGGGAGUGGGAUAUGCUGCUGUAGAUAAUCCAAUAUUCUACAACCCUAACACUGCUAUGUUAUUGGGUGACGCUAAAAAAACUUGCGACGCAUUGCUCGAACGCGUAAAACACUUAGCUCAA